CUUCUGUUUGUCAUCCCUUCGGUGUCCAGCUGCAGGAAUAACAUUCAACAGCUGUACGUGAGACUCAACACUAUCACCAUGAAGACCAGCGUCUGUUUGGCCGUGUUUGGUGCCUUGUUGGUAAUGUGUAUCUCGUCAGCCGAAGGGUCACUUAACUCCAGGUGUCCGAAGCCAUGUGAAAGGCCAGUCCGUGUACGGGAGCUCGUGUCCUACCGGUACUGGGUUUGGGGCAGAUACUAUACCUUCACAUAUUACACGUGGGUAUACAGGAUGAAAACCGUGACAUGUUACGAAUAUUGUCCUAUUGACUGUGAAUGGAGCGACUGGAUAUACAAAACUAAUGAGGACUGGAGCGCGUGUUCUGUAACAUGUGAAAAAGGACAUGAAUCUAGACCUAUGACACGCUCGAUAAAGACUCAGGCUGCAUAUGGCGGCAACCAAUGCGUUGGACCUGACGAGAAGUUAGACUACAGAGAUUGCGACAUGAAAGAGUGUCCCCAUACCAUUUGUAAAAAUGCAGGCGGAGUUGGUCAUCAUACCCACCUUCAAAAGUGCGAUAAAUUUGUUCAGUGUGAAACCGGAAAAGCGCACGUAAAGUCAUGUCCAAGUGGAACUGCAUGGGACAGCAUUGGAAGCAAGCAGUGUUCUAGCGAUGCCGUUGGCCACUGUCAAGGUAUCGCUUGCAUAAGAGGUAUGCACUACCCUCACGAGGAUGAUUGUUCCAAAUUCUACAAGUGCGAUCACAACCAGAUGCUCCUACAGAAAUGCCCGGACAAUCAGUACUGGGACAUCCGUGAUAACACGUGCACGACCGACAAGAAUGCGUGUGAAAAAGCCCGGGAAUCGGGGGCCUACCAACCACAAGAUUUGAAAUGCGAUAAAGUAGGAGAGAAAGUUGCUUUCUGGGGACAUUGCAACAAGUAUUACGUAUGCACUGCUAAAGGAUUGACGAAAAUGGAUUGCCCACAAGGUACCCUGUUCAAUGCUACCAGCCUUGAGUGUCAGCACAAGGGAGAUGUGAGCUGUGUAAACGACGAUGAAGAUGAUGAACCAGAUACAGAAGAACCAAAGAAAUGCACAAACGGUGAAUUUCUCGCCGAUGUUGAUGACCCUAGUGCAUUCUACCGGUGCGCGCAUGGGGUAAGAAUAGGACCGACGAAAUGCACUGGUGGACUUGUCUUCAGCAAAACGCACGGCUGUGGCUGGAAGACGAAAUGAUGACAAAUAUUACGAUGACGUCAUUGGUGAACCGGAAACAAACCACUGUUCCGUUGUCCUUGAUCUCUUUUCUGUUUCUAUUGCUUUGUCUGUGUGCUCUUUAAGGCGCGGAAGUGCCAGAAGUUGCUAACUAGAAUCGAUAACAACAGCUGGUUCGCGUUGAGGUAAAACAGUCAGAUCCCAUGUCAUCAUACAAGUUAGACAAAACAAUAACUAACAACGCGAUGAGGAAUUGUAACAACUUGAAUUAUUUUCAACAUUUAUGUUGGAGUUUAAAUCUUAUACCAUGUACAUUGUAUCGAUUAAAACAGAAAUAUUAAUUUUUAGGUUAAAUGGAAUUGACAUCGUCUAUACACCUGUACGUGGGGGAUGAUAUAAAAGGUCUUAUACUAUGUGUGUUAAAAUAAGACAAGAGUCUUUUCAGUACCGAACCUGGAAGUGUUAGCCUAAUUUGUUUUCCCUUUUUUAUGUAAAUGUUGUAAUAUGUUCUAUAUUUCUGCAUUCCUUCAAUAAAUUUCUUGCAAAUAA